ACUCUCUCACACACACACUCAACAGCCUUUGUCUUAAAUAGAAGCACAAAAGCAUAUCCUUUUAUAGUCCUCCCACUAUUGUUGGCACCGUGGUCUGGCAUUGGAAGGGGGGUGGAGAUGACACCUGUGGACAGUGGAUAAAGGGAUGUGACCCCUGAUACACCACCUCUACCCGCACUGUGCUGGAUCCCUCUGAUCCCUCUGGUGUGUCAGGCCUCGCUUUGUAACUUCUUGAAAUGGCCCCUAAGAAGAAGGAAGAGCCAAAAGCUGCUGCACCUGCACCUGCACCCAAACCCCCAGAGCCUGAGCGUCCUAAGACCCCGGAGUUUGACCCUACAACAGUAACGGUAAAAAAUACUCCAAAAAUAUGAUUAGUCAGCGCAGAGAAACUUAAAAAAAACAGCAAGAAAAGAGAUUGAUUUCAUUUUUUAAUAUUAUUUAAAUUGCAGGAAUUGUUAUUCAGAUGGAUAGUGGAUGGCUAUCAUUUGCAUUAUUGUCACUUUUAAGGAGGAUUUCUAUAAAAACGAACAACAGCGACCAAUUGUGUGACUGUUUGUAGAGCAUUACAGACCCCGUGUGGCAUAACCCUGAUAGUGCAGCUAAACCAGGUUAAGUUUUCAAGGGUUGCAGUGCUGUUAAUAUUGUUAUUCUAGCUGUGUAUUAAACUUUAAACAUGCAUUAAGAUGUCACUUAUCUGAAGGAGCUGUGACUCUAUGAAAGUGGGAGCUCCGGCUUUAAAGUAGCUGAUAGCAGCAGACAUCAUGGAAAGAUCUUCUGCUGACUCGGCCCCUUCUCAUCAGCUGAAUGUUUUCCUGCCAUGUUACAAUGGAGUGCGGUUAAAGCCACAAAAUAUGAUUUUCAUUAUGUCUGCGAAUAGCAGACCACCCGCGCCAUUCCUCUGUGGGCAAAAAAGAAAAAAGAGGGGUGGAAAAAGUCGGGAGGAAGAAAAAUAGAGAUAAUUACAUCCAUCACCAUCCAUCUUUAGACAUGCUUAGAUAAGUGUUUGGAUAAUAUUUUUACAAAGCCUCACCGAGGGUCUGGAGACACUCAGACAUCAGACCAACAGUGAGGGUAAUACCAUGGAAAGUAAAAAAUAUACUUAAGGUCUGAACUGUUAAAUUUAUCACAAAUACAAGAAAAAUUAUGUUUUUCUUGCCUUAUAAUAACACGUGGAAAGAUUUUGUAAUGCAUAAAAAGGCAAAAGCUUCAGAGAAACAGAAGUAAGUUUAUAUUCAACUAUUCUCUGGUGCUGAGCCUAGAGUCCUUUAAAUCCUAAAUCUUUAAAGUUAUAGAGCUCUCAUGAUGAACCUUCAGUGUGCGUCGACACUUUCAAAAUGCCAUUCACUGUACAGGGGUGUGUCUAAAGACAUGGUUAAAUGGCAACGGCCCCCUGAUGUCUGAAUGGCCACCCUCCCAAGUUAUGACUGGGCGUUUACCUUGACAAGGGCAGGAUUUAUUUUAGAGUCAGCUGUUUGUGUUGUACUUUCUUUGAAUUCAGUAUCGAUGAUAUUCUUUUGAUUGUGCUUUAAAUAAGAAAUAAAUUAUGGCCUUAGUUAAAUAUUUUCAUUUUAACCUUUUAACCUCUCCUCAUUUUGUUAAGAUUUGUAAACAUGAUAAUAGAAGCAGUAGAAAGUGAAAACGAGGAGGAUUAAUGCUGUUAACUUGUGUGUGCCUCCUAACCUCAUGUCAGUGCCCUCAUUAGGUUACCAUAGUGACUCACCUUUUUUAAACAGUAAAAACCAUCUGUCACUGAAAUCUUAAGAAAAAGAAAAAAAGUCUCUUUUUGAAGCUGUAACUACCUUGCAACAGCAGGUUCAGACAUUAAAAUAACUACACAGGUACAGCCAUUCUUUUUCACUGGUGGUUUUUGUUGCUUAUCUACAGGCACAAAGGAAAAUUUCAUUCUGUUUCAAAACCAAAUAAAAGUCUGCGCAGGAACUUUGAUAUGUAAAAGUUUAGCAAGGUGUCUGAGCAUCUUCAUGUUUGUUAUUUGUCAACCUCUACCUUGACCCCUCGAGAUUUUACUCGACACUAUGGGGGUGUUUAUAGUUUUAAAGAUACUUAUCCACAUAUUGCAUCUAAAAAUAGUCUGAAAUGAAUCUGACUGCAGCAAGAAAAGAGUCACAAUGAAAGAGGAGCAUGAUAGACCCAAGGUCAUUAUAAACAAUACACAGACAGUGGAACAGCUGAGCGUAACCUGAUCAGUGUGUGAGAGACAAAUGUAAGUGCAAAGGUUCUGCUCUCAACCCCUGUAAACUCCACUAAUUACUAAGUGAUCGUCUAAUUCUCUUGUUGUCUGUUUUUCAGCUUGAAUUCACCCCUGAGCAGAUUGAAGGUGAGAUCGUUGUUUAAGUUUUCAUGUGUGUUGCUAUUUUUAGCAGGAAUGGAUGAUUUAUGAGAUCAGGCACCCCAUUAGUGGGUGAGAAACCUUCUGCAACAGCUGAUGUACAAAGGUUAAGGGAUAUGAUAUCGUAAUGGGGUAGACGCAUCCAACUAAGUUGAUCUCUUUGAAAGGGUCAGAAGGCAUCUGUCAAUCUGAGUAAUGUGGUGGCCUUUGAGGUUUUAACCUUGUGUGGUUCUUUCUUUUAUAUUUAGCUUUUUUUAUCAGUACGAGACCGACACUUCAAAGUUGUUUCUCAUGUUUCUGCAUUGAGCUGAAUAUAAAUUAAAAGGAAUAACCAGUUUGUAUUUGCACACAGACUUCAAAGAUGCUUUCCAGCUGUUUGACAGGACACCAACUAGCGAGAUGAAGAUCACCUACGCCCAAUGUGGUGAUCUGAUUAGGGCUUUGGGCCAGAACCCCACCAACAUAGAGAUCAUGCAUGUCCUCGGAAGGCCAAAAGCUGAAGGUGGGUUUUCUUGGACGAUGAAUUACCAGCUGAGCACAUCUCAUUAAUUCAUUCUUACAAUAAAAUUUGUUAGAUUUGUCUCACAUCUUGCUUAUUAUCUUCCUCAGAAAUGCAAACCAAGAUGCUAGACUUUGAACAGUUUCUGCCCAUCCAUCAACACAUCUGCAGGGCCAAGGACCGUGGGACAUUUGAGGACUUUGUGGAGGGUCUGAGAGUGUUUGACAAGGAAGGGAACGGCACAGUGAUGGGGGCUGAGCUCAGACACGUUCUGGCAACACUGGGUGAGUUGAGCAGUCUCAUAAAGCAGAUUUUUGAUGUCAUUUGAGUGAGGAUUUAGCUGACUAAUCUCCUGAUUUCUUCGCUCUGCAGGUGAGAAGAUGAGGGAGGAUGAGGUGGAGCAGCUCAUGCAAAACCAAGAGGAUGCAAAUGGAUGCAUUAAUUAUGAAGCUUUUGUAAAAUACAUCAUGGCUUCUUAAAAAGGGUUCCUCAUCAGUAUUCUGGUGCUAUUUUACCCCUCAUGACAAACCCUUCAAUCUUCCUCCACCAGAGGCUUAAACCCUUGACCACAGCAGAUCUCCAAACGUUUCCAUCCUGUAUAUUUCUCAUCUCCAUACUUCGUAGAAUGACACAUCAAUAUCUCAGUGUUUUCCAACACCACGUUUGUUGAUGCUGUGCUCGUAUUUGACCCUACCCCUGUUAAUAUUGUGGAUCAUAAUGAAUAAAUAAAUCUAUCUGAUCAUG